GAAAAUUUUUAAAUUUUGAAUAAAGGGUGUUCAUUUGGGAAGCAAAACAAAUAUGCUUUUUGACCAUCGAAGUGACAGCGGUGACAGUGGAAAAUCAAUAAUAAAUAGCAACUUGAAAAUAAAUAAAAAAUUGCGAGCGAGCUAACUCACCACCGGAUGUGAGCGAACGGUGCAAACAAAUUGACGACUUCAAACAGAGAGCCGUAAAGGACACAGUAAUAUACCCUCAAAUUGUGAGAAUUGAAAGCUUGAAGCAGACAGUCAUCAACGAAGUAGCCAGUCAGUCGCAAUAUAAAUACAUAUUUACAUACUCACUCGCAUACUCUUCGGUGCAGUAUUUGUGAAAACACUGUGGAAAUUUGCGUGAAGAAUUAUUCGUGUUUAUUUAAAUAUUAUAAAUAUAAAAGUGCUAAUUACACAUAAAUAAACAAACGAAAGCACAUCAAAACUAGCAGUGAAACUCGAAAAGCAGAAGUUUAAUCUACAGCAAUUGUGUCUUGCAACGAGCGUGAUUGUGGGUGGGGAAGUGCGCUUCGAUUUUUCACCAGAGCAUAUAAUAUUCGAUUAACGCGAGCUAUAAUUACUUUUCGCAGCAAAUAUUGUGUGUCUCCAAAUAAAUAAUCGACAAAGAAAGUAAACGUUGUGUUUGUAAUCACUUUGGAGUCUGGGUUAAUUGUGUGCGGUCCCAGUUGUAUCUUUUUUCGAACAAUUUGAUUUGGCUUAUGCGCACCCAAUACCCGUAACAUGCGCUCCCUGGCUGACGAGACCAGGAAAUUGACGUUGAACAACAACAAUAACAACAAUACGGUUGACCAACAAAGUACACAAACGACUACAGUAGCGGUGGUUGUCAAGCAGUCUAAUAACUCGAAUAAAGCAUACAAGAUGCAACAGCAAGUCAACGUUAUGACCAGCGCCACAACGGUUGCUCACCAAAAGCAACAUGCACAUCAACAACAGCAUCAGCAGCAACAACAAAAGCACCACAAGCAACAGCAGAACAAUAACUCGACAACAAUUAGCUUGCCAAAGGCUACACAUGCGAACACCAGUGAAGAGAUUGCCGGCGGUGUGCAGGACACCAUCUAUUUGUGCAACUUUCGCGUCUCCGUUGAUGGCGAUUGGCUGUGCCUGAAGGAGCUACAGGAUCUUGACAUUGGUCAGCAGCAUAGCGGCGGCGGUGGUGGCAACAGUAACAGCGUCUAUGGCGUACAACGCGGCACACAGCUGGGCCAAAAAAACAAACGCUAUUCGGGAAUGUCGAACGGUUUGGAUGAUAAUGGUAUAUUGACUGUCCGUAACUUGCUGGGUCGUCGUUUUAACGAUGCACCCGAACAUGUGCACAAGACGAACGGUUCGUCGUCGUCGUCGUUGUCGCACUUGCUUACCGCACGACAUGCACAUGCAGAUAAUGGCUUGAUUGGUGUGUUUGGUGUUGGUGGUACUGGUGAAUGGUCCAAUCACCCACGCGAUCCAGCCGAAAUCGAGCGCAGUAAUCUGGUGAAUAUCUGUAAACUCGUGGUAAAGGAAUUGUUAGAGCAAUCGCUACGCUUCGGACGCAUGUUGGACUCGGAUCAUCUACCACUGCAGCACUUCUUCAUCGUAAUAGAACAUGUACUAGGUCAUGGUUUGCGACCAAAGAAGGGUCUUUUGGGGCCACGCAAAGAAUUGUGGGAUCUGUUGCAGAGCGUAGAAAACUAUUGUCCCGAAGCGCAGGACAUCACCGCAAGUGUACGUGAUUUGCCCACCGUGCGCACGCAUAUUGGACGCGCUCGCGCCUGGUUACGCAUAGCGUUGAUGCAGAAGAAAUUGGCCGAUUAUUUGCAGGCGCUUAUCGAGCAUCGAGACGACUCACUCUACGAAUACUACGAACCGCAUGCGCUAAUGAUGAGCGACGAGAUUGUGGUGAUUAUGGGCAUUUUAGUGGGUCUAAAUGUUAUCGAUUGUAAUUUGUGUGUGAAAGAGGAAGAUUUGGAUUCACAACAGGGUGUUAUCGACUUUUCGCUUUAUCUGCGCUCGAGUUCGCGCAGUACCGAGAACGACGAGGAGAUCAAUCAGUCAUUGGAGGCGAAUGGUCAGGGCAACAUGAUUGCUGUGUUGGACCAAAAGAACUAUAUUGAAGAGCUCAAUCGGCAUUUAAAUGCCACAGUCGGUAAUCUACAGGCUAAAGUUGAAUCCCUUACAACAACAAAUGCGCUUAUGAAGGAGGACUUAGCGAUUGCGCGCAAUAGCCUUUUAGCCUUACAAGCCGAGAAUCAGGCACUACGUCAAAAUGCCACCAUUACCAAAGAUGUUCCUACAUCAAAUGCGGAAGCCAGUCCAAACAAAUCGUCCGAUCGUGCGAACAAAGCCACGAUCGAAACACUCACCGCCGAGUUGAGUGAGGAGAAAAAGAAAAAUACCGAACUCGAUAAGGAGUUGAAAUUGCAAGUGUCCCUCAAAGCCGAAUCAGAUAUGGCAAUGAAAUUGCUUGAGAAGGAUAUACACGAGAAGCAGGAUACAAUUGUAUCGCUGCGACGACAAUUGGACGAUAUAAAACAAAUUAAUUUGGAAAUGUAUCGCAAAUUACAGGAAUGUGAUGCUUCGCUCAAGCAUAAAACCGAAUUGCUCACGAAGCUCGAGAGUCAAAAGGAAGAUAUGGCCAGCACAAUUGCACAGCUGGAGAAGAAGUGGGACAAUGAUAAAAGCAACUUGGGUGAAAUACUCAAGAAUACGUCACAAACACUCUCCACACAGGUGAACGCAUCCGAGGAGCGUGCCGCACGCGCCGAAGCUGAGGCGCGUAUCGAACGCGAAUGGCGACAUUCGUUACAAGAGAAGGAAGUGAAGCUGAAGGAGAAAAUUGGUGCAUUGCAAAAUGGCAUAAAAGAGCUCACCGAAGAGGCACAACAGAAUGCCAAACUGCGUGUUGAACUCGAUCGCAUGCGCACACAAUGGACGGAGGCACAAACCACACUCGAAGAAUUGGGCAUACAGUUGAGUGUUAGCAAAUUGAAGGUCUCCGAAUUGGAGGAUCGCGAAAGAAGGCAACAGCAAUUGCGCUCAUCCGAUCUGUCGUUGCAGUCUCCCGCCGAUGUGGGUAGUGCUGGUAUAUGGGCGCCAGAUUCGAUAGCUACACAUUGCACGGCGUGCAAGAAGGAAUUCGGUUUGACGCGCCGGAAACACCAUUGUCGCAGUUGUGGCGAGAUUUUCUGCAACACCUGUUCGGAGCACACACUGCCACUACUCAACGAACAGGGGCAACUAGGCAAGCCGGUGCGUGUUUGCGAUCGCUGCUUUGAGACGAGAAAAUGAUGAUGAUGCUUUCACAAAUUUACACUAAUCUAAUUUUAUAUUAUUCUAUAUGUAGCUAAGGCAUACAGAACCAUUGUAUUAAAUAUGUAUGUAUGUAAAUGUUCAUGUAACUAUAUGAAUUGUAUAUGUAUUAUCAGUGUGUACAUACAUGUGUUAUAUAUAUAUAGAUACAUUUACCGAUUUUGCAUUUUUGCGUAUUGCCGAUGUUGUAAUCACAUGCUGUGCAGCCUCGGUAUUUAUAAAAAAAAAAAUCACAAACUAUUUUAAUUGUGUCCAACUUGUGUAUAUGUAUUUACAGUGGCAAAUAUUGUGCGAACCUAUGAAAAUUGAAUAGUUUUUAGUGUAAUAAGCGGUAAACGCUCGUAUUUUAAACUGUAUCCAAUAUGCCUGUAUUCAAUGUAUUGAAAUAUUUAUUACUUUUCAUACAAAUAAAUCGGAUACAAUUUAUAAAUAUUGAAAAGCAAA